GAGAGAUUAUGUGUUCGCACUAGGCUAAAAUACAUACACGUACGUCAUCAUCAUUCAUUAGAAGUUGGCCAAUUGCAUGUAUUCGCAGUACAGUGCGCGCAUAGUAUACAUAGCUCUGCGUAUCUAUACGCGAUUCGAGACUACCCAUUAGCGCGAAGCAUCAGGUUAUAUUUGUGUCGCGAUAUAAUAUACGUAUGCGUGAUUAGCGUCAACCACCGAUUAGCGCAAGCACACCAGACGCUAAUAUAUACAGUGAAAACAUUUCGUCACGGCAUAUAUGUGUAACAGUGAGCACCAUUUAUGUACUGCCACAGUGUUGAGUGUCAGAAGUAAGAAUGGUGAUAGCGCUUCCUCUUGGAUAAAGCGCAAGGAUAAUCAUAGCUGCCCGGUGAAAACGUCCUAAAAUCACGAGGAAUUUUCACGCUUGAAGACAAAAGAGACAUCGGAAUAAUCCAUCAUGUUUUAUGCACACUUUGUGCUGGCCAAGAAGGGCCCGCUGGCCAGGAUUUGGCUGGCAGCCCAUUGGGACAAGAAAUUGACAAAAGCUCAUGUAUUCGAGACCAACAUCGAAAAGUCUGUCGAUGGCAUUCUUCAACCAAAAGUCAAAAUGGCUCUAAGAACGUCUGGUCAUUUACUUCUUGGUGUAGUGCGUAUCUACUCUCGUAAGGCCAAAUAUCUCUUGGCUGAUUGUAAUGAAGCAUUCGUCAAAAUUAAAAUGGCAUUCAGGCCAGGAAUGGUUGAUUUGCCAGAAGAACACAAAGAAGCAGACGUUAAUGCAAUUACAUUGCCUGAAGUAUUUCAUGAUUUUGAUUCAGCUAUGCCUGAAUUAAAGGAUGUGGAUAUCGAGGCACAAUUCAGUUUGAAUCAAUCUAGGGCUGAAGAAAUUACUAUGAGAGAAGAUUAUGGAAGCUUAUCUCUAGUAACUCACGACCAGGGCUUUGGUGACAUGAGUUUUGAUGUAGAACCUCCAGAACUACUUCGUCAUACUUCCAAUAUUGAUGGUUCUCUAGACCAGCGUCAUAUGCUUUUUACUGAUGAUGGUGCUGGUAUUGAAGCUGCUUUAGAACAAGAAAAAGAAGCAGUAGCUAGUACAUCAGCAGCUCAACCAAUGGAUAUUGAUACUCCUAUCAGAGAUGAUGGUUUUGGUGGUCACCUAGGACAAGAUAUGAUUUCUGGUGGAUUAUUUGAAGGUGGUCUUUUUGAUGAGGCUCCAAUGGGUGAAGUUCCUGUACCUGAUGUAAGUUCUAUUGCUGAUGGUCAUGAUCCAAAUGCUGCUGCAAUAGCUGGAUCUGGUCAUGAUUCUGAUAAUGAUAUGGACGAUCACUUUGGAGCUGGACCAGCUUCACCAAUGGGUGGUAUGAGCAGUGAUGGAUCCAGACCAGGAACACCAGCUGGUGGUUUAGAUGCAGCUGGAGGAAGAAUGAGCGUUGCUAGCAGGCGUUUUGCUACUCCUGCUCCUACAGCUUCUACAGAAGAACCAAUGGAUGUUGAUGACCAGCAAGCACCUGCAGAGACUUCACAGCAGAAUGACGAAGAAGAAAGCUUUGCUUUAGCUCCUAUUGACGCAUCCGUUAUCAAAGGAUUCACAAAGACCAAGCGGAAGAGAAAACUGAUCGUUGAUGAAGUGAAAAACAUAUCUGGUGAAGAGAUGAAAUCUCAGUUAUCUGACACAAGUGAUAUUAUCACGACUUUAGAUCUCGCUCCACCAACAAAGAGACUGAUGCACUGGAAAGAGACCGGAGGUGUGGAAAAACUGUUUGCUCUUCCAGCUAGACCAAUUCCAGCCCGAGUUUUGUUCAAGAACUAUCAACGUCAUUUGACAAGUAAAACGUAUGACCAUGAAGAUUUCGGUAAAAUGGCAAAUGCCGAUGAGGAAGCUCAACCUUUAGAGCAAAUGAGAGACGAACCAAAAGAACCAGAAAAUAUAUUUGAACAAAGUGGGAUCCAACCCAGAAGAUCUUCACGUAAACGUAAAGCACCCGCUGACGAGGAGCCAUCUUCGCCUCUGCAACCAGACAUUACUCAAGCUUCGGUUGCAUCGGAACAAGUUGAUCCGAGCAUGCAGAAUAUUGUUACCUCGCCACUACCCAUCCAUCAACAGCCGCAGCACAAUUCACAAAUCUCAGAACCAGCUGUACCUGACAUCAGCAGCAUUAUGAACUCACAUGGACCUGACAAUCCUCUCAUGAGUAUGGAAAUGCCACAGAUACCACCGAACGAAGUAAGUUCGCUUCUUGGGACGGCGGACGAUCCAGUUGACGAUAACCCACAAAUGGAAAAUAUGGGCUACGAUCACAAUGCCCCUUUCCUUGGUGGAUACGACAACAAUCGGGGAAUGCCAUCGCCUGGUGGCAUUUCGGAUCGUGGACCAGCUACGCCUUGGAAUCAAGAUGACUAUGAAUUCCCGCCAUCGGUUGGACCGACUGAGGAGCAACAGACAGAUGAAACUUACGAACAGUUUGAAGAGCGUGUAUUGAACAAACGUGCAGCUCACAUGUACAACGCGAUUAAAAACAAACUGGACUGUAGGGAAAACAUGACAUUGUCUGAAAUGACGCACAAGAAUAGUCGCAAGCAGGCAGCUCAAAAGUUUUACACUAUCCUCGUUCUGAAAAAAUUCCAAGUUUUAGAAAUAAACCAGGAAUGCUCUUACGCAGAAGUUUACCUUACCAAAGGCCCAAAGUGGGAAAAUCCGUCAUUAUAAACAAAAUAUUUUAUUUUUUACAUGUAUACAAAAUUCAUUUUUUUCACUUUUACAUACUAUCACCGAAUAGUUCGAUCUAAUAUUUUUUUUUAGGUAUAUACUGCAUCGAUAAGUUAAUCAUAGAACCGUUAGUAUUUUUCAUCCUUAUUAUACUUUUCGUCAAACACGAGUAUACUAUAGUAGAUGUAAGAUUAAGAAAGAGUAUAUUUCUACACACUUAUACUUUAAAUGACGAAAAAUAUAAAUGUUAUUAUUUUCAAGAUAAACUUUUCCGAUUUUUCUACGAUUUUGAAUUUAGAAUUCGAACUUCUGAAAAUGUGAACAAAUGUAAGCACUAGCACUUUAACAAGAUUCUUUUGCAUCGAUAACUACUGUAUAAAGUGUUUAAGGCCGAGUUUGAAUGUUAACCUGGGCUUCUAUUCAUUGUAACCAAAUUAAAACUUGAUUACGAUGAAUACAUGGACUGAAAUGGUUAUUGUUAAUUCUCGAGAAUAUUUCAUAGUUAAAUUUAAUUAGCUAAAGAGUAGAUUUUAAUUGAGAAUAUUUGCUGGUGUAUAGCUUCCUAACUUAUUCAUAAAAUAAAAACUUGUUUUCGUUUUAUGAAUUUGUUAAAAAUAAAUUACCAUCUUUAUUAAUUUUUAUAUUUAUAGUUAUCUAAGUUUAAUAGAUUUAAGAUAAAUUCAUAUAACUAUUAAUUAUUCUGAAAUGUGUAAUUAAUAUGUGCGAUUAGAAAGACAAAUAAAAAUCAGAUAUAUAUCAACAAAAUUUUUAUAUCGAUAGACGAGAUCACGUAUAAAUAUUAUAUAAU